AGCUGUGUUGUUGUUCUUGAUUGGCACACACGUGCGAUUAUUUCGUUCAUUUAAAUUUAUUUUUGUAACAAAUAAAUUCAAUCAAAAUGGGCAGCACACGUUUUUUCCUGUCUGAUUUGCCACACAGGACAACAGAGCAGGAUCUGCGAGCGUUAUUCCAGGACUAUGGGUACGUGGAGCGUGUGGAGCUGAAAACGAAGGAACAAUUUGUUGAUUCCGGACAAACAGCAGAGAAAGUAAUAGCAUUCGUCACAGUGCAAACGGAGGAUGCACAUUAUUGUUUGAAUGAACUCAACUGGCAGAAGUUGCAUGGCGCCAAAUUGAAGGUAUCACUGGCCAAGGAAUCCUUUCUGGAUCGUCUCAAGCGUGAACGUGACGAGGGAAAAGAACAGGAGCAAGAUCAUUCGCAGUUGAAUGAGUUCAAUCAAAGCAGCUCUCGUUUAUUGGCUCAUAAUACGCAAAACAAGCGUCGUGUCUUUGGCGAACAUGAGGAAAUCAACGAUGACGAAGUUGCUACCGAGUUGCUCAUCACUAAGAAGCGUGCUGCCAACUCUAUUCAUAAUGGCAAAAUUGUGAUACAACAGGAGCAUGAUGUGAAGCCGCUGCACAUUAUCGAGCAGCAGAAGAAGAAGAAGCCGACGAAAGAGAAUCUUCUGGAUGCCAAGGCUUCAAUUGCGGAUCAGAAGCGCAAGGAAUCUUUAAAUAAAAUGAAGCAACAGCAUGAGCAAAAGAAAUCGGCGAUACAGAUGGCAUUAUCCUCCAUGGAAGCGGGAAAGGCCAAGAGAAUUAAGUUUAGUGAUGCUGAGGAGGAAGAGGAGGAGGAGAAGAAAGAGCAGAAGAAGCCUAAGCCGCAACUCUUUGAGGAUGCAUACGAGGACGAAGCUGGAGAGGAUCAGGAAGAGUUUUUAUUGCCUCAGCACAGUGGCAAAAAAGGCGAAAAACUUGUGGAAAUGCAAAGCAAACAAAGUUUGGAUCCCAGAUUUCGUAUAACAGCGAAUUUUGUAGGCGAGGAGGACGAAGAUGAGCAGGAAGAGGAGGAAGAUGAAGAGGAACAAAAAGAUGAGGAGAUAAAUGAGCGCAACUAUCAAAUGGGCAUUUUGGAACAGGUCAUAGGUCGUAAAAUCGAUACAUCCAAAGCUGCCGAAGCCGCCAAAAGCGCUAAAAAUAAGAAAAUGUUGCGUUUUGAUCCUGGCAAAGAGGAGCAUCAAAAACUAUUGAGGAUCAAAACCAAAGAAACGGACAAAAAGCCGCCAAAAUUGACGACUGCUGAAAAUGCUGUGGAAAAUUCUGCGCCAGUUUCACAGAGCGCUUUCUAUGUGGUCACGGAUACACUGAAAGAAUCGCUGAAGACACGCGGCGAGGGUUUCAGUUUGUUGGACAUGUUUGGUCCCAGUCAUGAGGAAGCUGCUGCCGAGCGACAGGAUCAAUUGGAGAAAUUGGGAAAUGAGAAAAUAUUGGUGAACAAAUCUAAUAAACUGGGCAUGGGACUAGGAAUGUCCAGUGUAAAUCCCUUUAGCUAUGAUUCCUCCGACAGCGAGGAUGAUAAUGCUGAUGAUAAUGAUAAUGAAACACAACAAACGGGGAAUCCCCAAAAUGACAAAGUGGCCAAAGAAAAUGAGGAACCCUCGAAAAAGAAACCAGGCAAACAAAAGAAACAGUCACAAAUCUUUAUGGAAACCUUUUUUAUACCCAAAAACGAUGUCAGACUAAAAGAGGGUGCCAAAUUCUUCAAGGCGUGCAAACCGGAGCUGGAGAAUGAGAACUACGAUCAGGUGAAGAAGCGUCUCAAGUUUCUUAUUACCAAGAAGAUUGCGAAAACGCAGAAGAAUAUGCCGGGCAAGGCAAUUAAGAAAAACAAAAAUAAUAAAAAAGCUAAAUAAGUGUAUACAUAUACACACAUUUAAAAACAAUUGUGGAUAUCUAUUGCUAGUCAGUCACACUGUCGGGCAUGUUAUCGAAAUUAUCGUUAGUUUGGCAUUUUGUAGAGCAUACUUUUAGGCUUGUUUGACAAAAACAUCACUGCUGUGUUACCCUCUACGAAUUCGGAAUAUCUCUUUUAAAAGAAUUACAAA